AUGGGUCCCACUCAUUACAAUUUAGUCAUUCUCAUAAUCCUCAUGGGAGUACUCAUCACACCAAAGGUGAUUGUAUCAGCACAUUUUGGGUACAACGUAACAGUUACAAAUGGACUUCAACAAGGAGAACAACUUGUAUUUCGAUGCCAAUCAAAGGAUACUGAUUUAGGUUAUCAUCAUUUUUCAGACACUGGAGCAAGUUUUAGUUGGGUUUUUAAGGUUAAUUUCUUAGAAACUACACUUUACUUUUGUCAUUUUUACUGGAGGGAUAAAACUGUAAGUUUUCCUGUUUUUACCGUCAAAAAUGAAGGUGAUUGUGCGUAUUUAGUUUAUUGGGAGGUUAGGUCGGAUGGUUUCUACUAUCAUUGUGAUGAUGAUGACUCCUAUUACAAGCACUCUUGGUCUAAUUAG